AUGAACCAGCAGACGCCCCUCUCCUUGGUCGUGAACUCCUCUGACCCUCCGCUCUAUCGCUUCUCCACCAUCCCGCCCGCCUGCAUCCCCACUAGUAUCGACAACGCCCUCGAGCGUCAUCUUCGCCAGGUCGAUCGACACGUAUCUCUCGACUUGGGAGGUCCGGCGGAUCAAACCACCGACGAUCAGGAAGUGACGAGCGAUCCGUCGACGACGCCCAAGCCGUCUAAGCCGUCUGUUGAAGCGGGCUCAUCGGCUUCUGGUACUCCCCCAUCGAAGCGGCCGAGGCUCCAGACUCCGUCUCCUGAAGAGAACAGGCACGCCUCGGCUGAACAGAUCAAUUCGAGCGGUCAACGCAAGCCCGGCUCGCGUCACGCCAGGCGCUUUUGGCAGAUCCUCAAUCCGGACCAUGUCUUCACAUUUCGAUACGAUCAAGAGGUUGUCCCUCGACUGGUCCGAGGCCUGAGAACGGUCGUCGACGGCCUCACUCCUUCAAGUUUGGACGAAUCGCUGGCGCUCCACCAGCUCGUUCAGUUCCUCUUCCUCCUCGAAAACAGGCACUCGGACUUCCUUCCCGAGGCGUUGGCGCGUUUUGAGGAGGGCGACCCCUCGUUCGGGUUUGCCACUUAUGAGCAGCGGGACAAGAAGGGAGGGAGCGAUCUCGUUCGGCUGGUAGGCUAUGGCGGGAGGGAAGAAGAGUCGACAGCGUUGGCGUUCUCAGGCGAAUGUCAAGCGGCCAACAUUUACGCCAGACACCUCUUUCCUCUCGCGGCCGAUCACUUGUCGACUGCGUCUCAGCAAGAGAGUCGUCACUAUCAGUACGCCCCGCCGGUGGUUUCUAGCGUCCUGGACCUCGCUGCUCGGCCAGAUCCGGACGCGGACGCAGAGGGGGACAAGAUCCAAGUGACCACCUCGACCAAGCUCGGCAUCCAACGCAAGUUCCGCAUUACGCUCCGGGACCUGUUUGUGCUCUUCUACGUCCUCCUGCACAGCCAGAUCAAGGUCAAGGUCAACCCCUUGGACGGCAAGCCGUCCGUCGAGGUAUCGGAAGAACAACAGGAAUUGUUGUCCGAUGCUCUCAUCGCCAUUCUCGCUCAGUUGGCGCAAGAAUUCCACAUGAACCGAUGCGAAUAUAUCAAUCUGGGCGUCCACGACUUCAGCGUCACUUUCCAGCUGAGAGACCGUAACACCGCUCACGUCUCGCGCAUUGUCUUCCGCGAUCCCGCCACUGCCGAGCGGGACAUCCUGUCCAAGGACGAGCUCACCAACAUCUUGACCGGUAUACAAGACGAGAUGAAGAGGAACGCGGCUGUCCGGACGCUGUUGGAGAGCAAGCCUUGGGAGACGGUCGCGCAGCAUAGUCUCUUUGCUGUGCUUGUGGCCGGUCUGCUUUUGCCGGUCGGCGAGGGCACUACGUCAAUGUGGAUGGAUAUGGAGAACGAGUUUGUCAGUCAGGUGCAGGAGACGAGUGCGACUGGCCUCACCAGCGAUACGUCCCAGCCUGGUUUUACGGCUACCGGUGGCACGUCAGCCUUCAAGAUGAUCCCCUAUUCGGCCGUUGCUGCAAAAUUGCAAUCGUACCAGAGUGUCGACACGACCCAUCAUCUGCUCAUGAAGCGCUUGUCGUGUUUCCGCUGGGAAGAAGAUCCAACAUUCCGCGUCCAGGUGUCCCCUCCUCUCACGACCGACGAGUCCGUCGUCUCUACCACGGGAGAUGAGAAAUCAAUCAGGCAGGAGCCCGAGGACUUGAACGAGCUACUGCGCAAGCCCGACCAUCAGACCGUUCUGUCCCUUUUGUCAUGCCCAGACUUGUCGGUCGAAUUGCUUCAACACCUAGGUUCCGGGAGAUUAUGGGACGCCUACUACGUCAAACUCUCCUCUGGUUCGACACCGUCACAGAUCGUCGUGGCAAAGAUUUGUAAUCUGUACACGUUCACGCUGGGCGAUGCGUACGAAUACGAGACCCCCUCGGCGGCGGCCGAAGCGAUCACGACCGAGCUCGACGCGUUGAAUGCCUUACAAGCGGUCCAAGGGGAGAUCAUCCCCCGAUUGUAUGGACGAUGGACGGGCUGGUGUCAGUUGCCCAAUGGCGGGAAGGCGCGCUUGGAAUGCGUCAUGUUGGAAGACUGUGGGACGUCCUUUGACCAGUCUGACGAGCUUGAAUACCACUUAUGGUAUGACGAGGAGGUGGAGAGGUCCCUGAUCGAGAGGCUCCCGGCCGGUUUGUCAUCCAAUGUCCAACAACAGAUCAUAGAAAGCUACGAGAGGCUACACAAACAAGGGAUCUUGCACGUCGACGUCAACGCCCAACAUAUCCUUUUUCAUCCGGUCGAUAACAAACCACGAAUCAUCGAUUUCGAUAGCGCGAUAUCUAUUUCCGAGGCCCAAGCAACGAACCAGGACUACGACGCGGAGGCGGAGAUGGAGAGGAUUCGGUGGAUGGUGCACGCGGACGAGGAGCAUUGA